GCAGUAAGCAUUUCAUUUCCACGUUCCUGAUAGCAACCCCAGCCUGACAGAAGUCAUGGGAAUAUAUACUUUUUUAUACUUGAGUCUAUCUCUAUCAUUGACUUUCAGUCUCCCACUCUUCAGAGGUGAAAGGAAAAAUCAAAACAAACUACUACUUAUUUCCCUAGAUGGCUUUCGUUGGGAUUAUGAUCAAGAUGUUGAAACUCCAAAUUUUCAAAAAUUGGUCAGAGAAGGUGUAAAGGCAAAAUACGUUACACCUCCAUUUGUUACAAUAACCUCACCAUCUCACUUCACUUUGCUAACUGGAAGGUAUAUAGAGUCUCACGGAGUAAUCCAUAACAUGUGGUUCAAUACCACCACUGGACAGAAAAAGUCAUAUUACCAGACACAAGAUGUUAAUGAAUACUGGGACAAUGGAAGUCUUCCCAUCUGGAUCACAGCUCAGCGUCAGGGUUUAAAGACUGGUUCUAUUCAUUUUCCCGGGACCAAACCUACCUAUCAGGGAGAGAAUAUUUUCCUGAAGAUAGUGGAACCUCCGCUUUACAACUAUAAGAAUGCAACAGCAUGGAGAGAAAACAUUGACAUAGUAAUGAAAUGGUUCACUUUGGAUGAUCUUGAUUUUGUCACACUCUACUUUGGUGAACCAGACAGCACAGGACACUUAUAUGGACCUGAAUCAGAGAAGAGAAAAGCCGUGGUGAAAAAACUGGACAGCACACUAGGUUAUUUAUUACAAAGCAUCGAGAAGUACAACUUGAAAUCCAGACUCAAUGUGAUUAUCACUGCCGACCACGGAAUGACUACUGUACUGAAGGAGCCAAAUGUGACCGAAAUCGUGCUAAAAAGGUUCUCCAAUUUUUCAUUCAAAGACACCGCUUUUGAUUUAGUUGAUUAUGGACCCACUGGCAUGCUUUUACCCAAACCGGGAAAGACGGAAAAAGUGUACCAGGCUCUGAAAGGUGCCCAUCCACAUCUAAAUGUGUUCAAGAAAGAAGACUUACCAAAAAGAUUUCGAUAUUCCAACAAUGAAAGAAUCCUCCCCAUUAUCAUUUUUGGCGAUCUUGGUUAUGUGGUUCAUGGGAGAUUCAAAGUCCAGUUUAACAAAGGCGAACAUGGAUUUGAUAACGAGCAUAUGGACAUGAAGAUGAUUUUCCGUGCAUUUGGCCCUGAUUUCAAGAAAAAUUAUUUGGCCGAGCCAUUUGAAAGUGUAAACAUUUAUCCGUUAAUGUGUGAACUUCUGAACAUCCAUCCUGAGCCAAACAAUGGAUCAUUGGUAUAUACUCGAGCGAUGUUGAACUAUAACUCAAGCAACAGUGACGUCACGAAGAAUUCAACAUUGUUUCAGGUGAUUGUAGGGUUGGCAGUCAUUGUUGGCCUUCUGGUUCUGGCUGCUCUCAUUGUUACUGUUUAUUUCCUUAUAAAGCGGAAAUGAUAGAUGAAUACAAUAUGAAGAUCAGAAUCACAUCCAAAAUAUUGCUCCAGUCGUUUAGCUCUCAGCUAUGCUAACACGGAUGCCCUGGCUGUGCUUCAAGCCUGUUCUCUUCACUACGAUAAAGUUUUAACCUACUUAUUUCAGUGUGAAUGAAAUCUGGAAAUUAAUUUUAAUCUAUUUUCAUAUUUUUCCAUAAACUUAUCAAUUAAUGGAUAUAAACAAAGUAAUUUGAAUAGAAUAGUUGUGCUUGCCGCUUUGCCAUCAAAUUGCUUACCUGUGACUGGAAGUCUCUGCUUAAUUGUGCAAUUGAAGUAAUUGGUUCAACAACAAAUAAAAAUAGGUUUUCAGCUUGUAUUUUGAUCAGCCAAAAUCAACUUUUGAUGCUUUCCCCCCCCCCCCGCCCAGUUGAGAAAUUAGCACAGACCAAAAAUUCCUAUCUCCAUCUUUCUUCAUCAUGGUGCCAAUUCAAAAACUGAAAGAUAGUGGUAGACUAUACCUUCUGUAGUAAAGAAUUGACAUUUCCUUUAGAAAGCCUUCAUUGUUCCAGUCUUAACCGUAGUGUUGACUUUUGACAUCACCUGGUUACCAAGACAUGUGGAACAUUCAUCUCUUAACACUCUCUGGCUGUGGUGAGCUUACCAUAAAUUAAACUUAGAAAAUACUAAUUCCUGUAUUUUGAGUUUAAUUAGAUGAUUUAAAAAAAAUAAAAAUUUAGACUUGCAUUCUCAUUGUUAGUCAUCAGUUAUUCACUUCCAUGAAAACAAACCUCACACCAUCAGUACACAAUCUCUCUACAGAUUUUGCUCUUGAAUUGUUUAAUUGCAUCUCUUAUUAAAUGUUUCUUACGCUUGUCUAUGUGAUAUCACAAAGUAACAACUUAAAAUAAAG